UAAACGUACUGACGUUGGUAACAUUGUUUUUGGUUUUGUUUUGUGGUUACCAGACGAUUACAUUAUCAUCAUUUAUUAUAAUUAACUUAAAAAUAGCAUAGACGGAAGUUUGUAUUAACAAAUGUCCUUUGAAUACGAAAAUUAGAUUAAGUAUUACAUUUAUUACAAACAAAUUGUAAGAAGCUUGUGUACAUAUGUAUGCAACAUAUACAACGGGGUGACAAGAGAUAAAUAAAUGAUGGAUUUCAAUACAGGACUUCAGUUGUGAGGUAGAGAACAAAUGUAUUUAGUUGAUAGAGAGAAUAAUCAAGGACCGAUCGCUGUGAACAUGUUCUUUUAGAUGACUUUCGGACACAUCUACACUAUGGAUUUAAGAUGACCAAAAUGAGGCAAUAUUUUGUUAUAUUAGGAUACUUAUUUCUGUGCUUGAACACGCUGUGUGCUAGUGCUAUGACGUCUCAAUCUAAUUCUGCUUUGCAAAUGAUUCAACACCUUAGAAAAGAAUCAGCUCUUAAACUGACCUUACUUCGAACGUUAAAAACAGUCCUUGGUGAUGUGAAAGCUUUAAAGGCUGAGAAAGAGCAACAGGCACUGAUGAUUGAUGCUCUUAAAAGGGAAGUUAUUGAUCUUAAAUCAAGUCUAAUGGAUAUAAAAUUUUUUAACGAUGAACAAAACCUCCAAAUUCGAGUGAUACAAAAUGCACAGUUGUCUCAGAACGUUACUUCCAGAGACCUUCAUGAAAUGUCUGAUAGGGUACAGAGGAACGUUGACGUAUUUUCUCGUGAUAUAUUAGGUCAAAAACAAAACAUACAAAUUUUACAAGACACUAUGGCUUCGUAUGGAAGGAAUUUGAGCACGCUUUCAGACACGACAUCAGUCUUGGAUAGAAAUGUAAAGCUAUUGAUGGAGGAAGACAUUGAACAAAACAGGAAGUUGAGUGCAUUUAGCGAGACCAACAAUCACCAAAACCGCCAAAUCCAAGAUCUUAAUCAGAAAUCUGUUUCACAGGAAAGAAAAAUGAAUUCUGUCAUGAUCGACAACAACAAGAUGAUCAGAAACAUUAAGUUUCUACUCGAUGAAAAUACGCAAAGAGUAUCUGACAUUAAUUCUCUGAACGACAAAACCCGUGCAACUAAGACAGAGGUAGCAUCAUUAUCUCAAAGUAAUAUUAACCAUAGAAGAGAGGAGCAAGCUCUCGAGACUGAGAAUAGUAUUAUAUUUCGACAGCUCACAGCUUUGAAGGAGAAAAACGAUGAACAGGAUGAGGAUAUAGACGACAUAGAACGAGAGAACACAGUACAAACCGGCGACAUUAAGACAUUGACAGCUGAAUACAUGGCGCAAAGUAAACUGAUCCAAUUGUUAGCAGAGAACAGGACCCCCAUCAAUCAAGAAACUGUAAGUAAUGAUCAAGCAGGUGCUAAUUCACACCAGCCCGUUCAAACGAGUGGAAAUCACAGCCAAAGGGAAGAACUUCAACAGAGUGAAUCGGAUGAUAUGUCACCUGUAGACUUAAAACUACAUAAGGACGUGGAGUUUUUACAUCAAAAUGUAAGCAGUGUGAAUGAAAAGCUAUUGUCGUUAGAAAAUAACCAGAGAUUUAUUCACUCUCAUAUCCACAAAUGGCGAGUUAGUGAUGAAACAAAGAGUCAUAUUUAAGACAUACUCGUUUUUUUAUCCUCGUCUUGAUUAUGAAUAAAGCGUUUUAAUAAUAAAGGUUAUGUUUUAAAGCAUUGUAUUUAUUUACGGAAACCUGACGUGAUAUUAAUAUAAAUGUACACGUAUUAAUAUAGAGUUAGUUGAAUACAACCAACCAUUAGAAAACGGGUCUUAUUUAUUUUUAUGUUAUUUGUGUUAUACGAAUGUCUUGCACAUUUCAUAUUUAUUACAUUAUUUAUUGAGCUAACUUAUUGUUCUUGUAAAAAAAAUGUGACGUCACGUUUUCAUGUCUGUUUGAAUAUUUCAUGGGAUUUGUAUAUUAUGAUAAUAUAAAUGUUA